GAUGGGGUCGGUGGGCAAAAAGUAGAAAAAAAGAAGUUUUUCAUUUUAAACCCUAAAUCUGACCACCUUAGAGCUCAGACCCUGACGAUCGCGCCCUCUAAACCCUAGAAUCCCUUUCUCCAUAUCUGGAUCGACCCAACAAGGUUUCAUCAGUUGGGUUGAUUUGAAAGAUCGAAAGGGGUUCGGAUUUCCGAACGAAAAUUUCUUCCCUGUAAUUUUUUUUUUUUGAGAAUGGAUGCAAGGGAAGCUACGAGGUUAGCUUCAUCCGAACCUCCAGGGAUGAUGGUGGGACCCAACCCAUACGGGAUGAGCUUGCACACCACUUCAAUGCUCAGUCCCAGUUCUGCAGGGAUAAUGCAGAACCUUCGACUUCCAUAUAAUCAGGUUGUCACUUCUUCGUCGAGGCCUUCUGAUCCUUCAAACUCUGCUGGGUUUCAUGUUGAUGGUUUGAGACCAAGUGGGUUUACGGUGAAUGAGCCUGUAAAGAAGAAAAGAGGAAGACCCAGAAAGUAUGGCCCUGAUGGUAACAUGGCAUUGGCAUUGGCUCCUCUCUCUUCAGAAGCUGCUGGACACUCCAACAACAACAAUUGCAACAACCACCACCAUAAUGAGAGCAGCACUCCAUCGUCUGAACCUCCUUAUAAGCGGAAUAGAGGGCGGCCGCUGGGUUCCGGCAAGAAGCAGCUGCAGGAUGCACUGGGGGUUCCUGGUGUUGGUUUUACUCCCCACAUCAUCACUGUUAAAGCUGGCGAGGAUGUAGCAUCAAAGAUCUUGGCUUUCUCCCACCAAGGAUCACGUACAGUUUGUAUCCUCUCUGCAAAUGGAGCAAUAUGCAACGUGUCUCUUCGCCAGCCGGCAACUUCUGGUGGCAUUGUAACUUAUGAGGGCCGGUUUGAGAUAAUAUCUCUGACAGGUUCAUUUUUACUUACGGAGGAUGGUGGCACCCGGAGCAGAACAGGCGGUUUGAGCGUCUCAUUGGCGGGCUCAGACGGUCGGGUCUUGGGUGGUGGAGUGGCAGGAAUGCUAAUGGCAGCAGGCCCUGUACAGGUUAUUGUGGGAAGCUUCAUUGCUGAUGGAAAAAAAUCAAAGGCAGAACGCCAGCCUUCAACACCAGCACCCCAGACUGUAGGAUUAGGGGCACCUGUUGCCACAGGCAGCCCCCCCUCUCAAGGGGCCUCAAGUGAAUCAUCUGGACAGCCCGGUAGCCCACUUAACCACAGCUCUGGAGCCUGCAACAAUACAGGCCAAUCAAUUCAGGGUUUGUCAACAUAUUCAACUAUGGGAUGGGGCUCUCAUUCUGCAAAUCCUCACUGAAAUGAUGUUGAUGCGACUUUGCUGCAGAGCCCUUCAGGUUUUUAAUAGUUAAUAAUCUACAUAGAAGGUGAAUAUCAUUUGGGGCGCCAACGGGAGUAUGAGACAAAUACUGAAUGAUCAUCUUGGUCACUAGAUAGAACUGGGUUUUUCAAUAGAAGGGUUUUCAGGGUGGAUCUGAGGUGGUUUUCCUCACCUUAGGACUGAUACAUCUCUCAUCUGUUCAUAGCCAAGAGUAUGGUUGCAUCCCCAAAUUUUCUGGAAUUUUUUUUUCAUUUAAUUAUCAAUAAUGAGAAGUUUGGCUGUUACUAUUUAUCCUGAAAUGUAGCUAGCUUCUUCUUAGUUUCCUAUGUGGAGAUAAUAAUGAAUAUACUAGUUGAAUCUU